AUGCAACUAAGCGCGAGCAUCAAGAGGGAGAAGAUAGUUGAAAUAUUCGAAGGCUGUGGCCAGAAAAUCCAAGAUCGUUAUCUUAUUAUGAGAGUGGGAGAACUUUCAUGGCACGAACAUUGCCUCAGUUGCUACGUCUGCGGCUGUCCGUUAUUACACACCUGCUACACCAGAAAUUCAAAACUCUACUGCAAACCCGAUUACGAUAGAUUAUUCGGCGUCAAAUGCACCAGAUGCGGCGACAGGCUUCUUCCGCAAGAAAUGGUCAUGAGAGCUCAAAAAUAUGUGUUUCAUAUACAAUGCUCCGUGUGCGUUAUGUGCUGUCAACCCCUGCAAAAAGGAGAACAAUACGUUGUCAGAGCUGGCCAAAUCUUUUGUAGACAAGACUUCGAAAAGGAAAUGUAUCUGAUGCAACAUGCCGAAGAUGAUAUGAUAAUAGAUGAAUCAGAACGGCCUAGGGACGGACGGCGUGGACCAAAACGCCCAAGAACGAUUUUAACCUCAGCUCAGCGCAGGCAAUUUAAAGCCUCAUUCGAAGUGAGUCCUAAGCCUUGUCGAAAAGUUCGUGAAGCUUUAGCGAAAGACACAGGCUUAAGCGUCCGAGUUGUACAAGUUUGGUUCCAAAAUCCAGUACAUCAAUGGUACUGGAGAGCUCCCGCCCAGAGAUGAGAACAGUACUCCAUGUGGGGCCGAAUUUGCGGUUUAUAGAG